UUUUUUUCUGAUAAAUUCUCAACAGUCAAGGGUGUGGGAUGUGUAUAAAUGUAGUACAAUAAUUAAGUAAUGAAAUUUGUUGUACAACUAGUGUUGUACUCACACGCCUAACAGUGAAUACUUUAUUUUAUUUUUUUGUUGUUAUACCUUUAAGAAAAAAACAAUUUUAAUUAUGGCUUGGGUGGUAAUCUUAGCGUCUAUUAUUUUGAUCCAUGGCUAUGUAACGGAACAAGCAUAUUUUUUGGAAAAAGAUUUCAUCAACCAAAUUAAUGAACAGGCAACUACAUGGACGGCAGGUGUUAAUUUUGACCCAAGUACACCAAAAGAACAUAUCUUAAGACUUCUUGGAUCAAAGGGCGUACAAAGUCCAAAUAAAAUUAAUUAUAGAAUGUACAAAACCGGUGACGACGAUGACAACUAUCAAGAAAUUCCAAUUAAAUUUGACGCAAGGAAGAAAUGGUUACGUUGCAAAACUAUUGGAGAAGUUCGAGAUCAAGGACAUUGUGGAUCGGAUUGGGCGAUGUCAACAAGCUCAGCUUUUUCAGACCGCUUGUGCGUGGCUACAAAUGGAGAUUUCAAUCAGCUUUUAUCCGCCGAAGAAAUCACUUUUUGCUGUCACACUUGUGGUGAUGGAUGUUCUGGUGGUUAUCCGAUAAGAGCGUGGAAGCGUUAUAAAAAACACGGACUUGUUACAGGAGGAAAUUAUAAAUCUGGAGAGGGAUGUGAACCAUACAGAGUUCCACCUUGUCCUAAUGACGACCAAGGAAAUAAUACAUGCUCGGGUCAACCAAUGGAAAAAAACCACAGAUGCACAAGAAUGUGUUACGGAGAUCAAGAUCUCGAUUUCGACGAAGAUCACAGAUACACGAGAGACCAUUAUUACCUCACAUACAGAGGUAUCCAAAAGGACGUGAUUAAUUACGGACCAAUUGAAGCAUCGUUCGAUGUGUAUGACGAUUUUCCCAGCUACAAGUCAGGCAUUUACGUGAAAUCAGAAAAUGCUUCAUACUUAGGAGGACAUUCCGUGAAGCUGAUCGGUUGGGGUGAAGAAUACGGAGUUUUAUAUUGGUUGAUGGUCAACUCCUGGAAUGCAGAUUGGGGUGAUAAAGGUUUGUUCAAAAUUCGACGAGGCACAAAUGAAUGUGGAGUCGACAAUUCAACAACAGGAGGUGUCCCCGCCACUUAAUAAAUUAAUCAUUCAAUAAUAAAUUGUAUUAAAAACAUAUAAU